AGGAGGAGCCAGUGGAGAAGAUGAGAAAGGUGGAGGAGGAGGAGGUGGCUCAGACCAACUGAGGGCGAGACCAAAAAUCAAUAUGCUCGGGCAAAUCAAUUUUACGCGCGCUUCGUAUAUAACUCCAGACCAAAAACCAACCACAACAAUAACAAUGCGCACGUGAGGGCGCGGACUGCUCCGGGCUGCUCUCUUCCGAGCACCAUACUCUCCCGCUGGCGGGCUGCUUUCCUCUCUCUCUGUGCGGCUGAGGAAGGUCCUGUCUUGAAAUUGCAGCCACUAUUUCAUUCGUUCGGUGGCAAGCAACGCGAAAGCGACGUGCUGCGCAGUUUUCCCAACUCGACCACAAAAAAGCCCAGUCUCACGGUGUUUUAGCCCAAAUGUUGUCAAUGAAGAGCAAUAAUAAAUAGUUGUGUUAAUCCUAAAAACCUAAAAUCCCGGAGUCUCAUUCAAUCGUAGUGUAAUCCGCAGUGUAAACCGAACGGAGAAAGCCCCCCAGGCGCUGCCGCCACCGAGAUGGCCGCCGAAAACUAUCACCUUAAGUGGGACUCGCACCUAUCCUAUCUGAACACUUCCAUAGCCACACUUUACAAAAAUGAAAAGUUUGCUGAUGUGGUGCUAUACAGUUCGUACAACAGCAGCGGCAUUCCCUCGGACAUACCCACGGUGGGAAUAUCGGCCCACAAGUUUAUCCUGAGCGCUUCGUCCCAAUUUUUUGCCACCAUGUUUGAAACAGCACCGAUCACGGCCCCGAACGGAGUGCUCUACGUGGUGCUGCCACCGGACUUGAGCCAUCGAGCUAUCCAGAUCCUGGUGCAGUAUAUGUACAGCGGGGAGGCCACAGUUUCGAAUGACAUCCUAAACGAGGUGCUUCGCGGCGGGGAAAUCCUAAAGAUCCGCGGCCUCUGCCGUACCAGCUCUUCCAGUGGCGGGGGAUCCGGUGGCCCAAGUAACCAGCACUCUCUAUCCGGACACCUACAUCCACGGGAGACGAGCGCUAUGUACGUUUCGAAUGGCACACGAUCGGCGCUGCCUCCUCCGCCGCCACAAACCAUGUCCUCGCAACAUCCCGGAGAUCUGUACAGCAGCAAGCCCCGAUACGCACUGGAUCACCAUCACCAUCUGUCCUCAUCGCACCAUAGCCACAGUCAGAGCCACCACCACCAUCCGCAGCAGCAUCAGCAGUUCCGGGGCCUGGGGGUUUCCGUGAUGCCCAAGGACAGUCCCGUGAUUGUCAAGUCGCCCAAGAUAGCCACCCAUACGGGCCUCCUCAGCGUGGCCAGCAGCAGCAAGCUGGGCAUUUCGGUCAAUAAGGAAGUGGCUAUUGAUCCGGAGGAUAAAUGCUGCUAUCCAGGUUCCGUUCCGGUUGAAUCCCAACCGCCACCACCUCAAUCUUCCUCGGCAAGCGCUGGAUCUGUGGUAGCACCACCUCCUCAGGGCAUAAGCAUUUGUACCGAAGUGGGCUGUAGUAGCUGUCCUAUGGGCGCCGGUUCCAAUCAGGAGCCUGCAGAGACCACACUACGCCGGACAGACUACGAGGAGCAGGCUCUCUGCGAACGGGAGGAGGUGGGAAUGGUCUACGAGCGGAGAUUACGAAGGGAGAGUGCCUGCGAGCGGAGUCACGACUACUAUGAAGCACCGCCUCCCAGCCACUUUGAGCACGUGGUGACCUCCCGUCUGGCCGUCUCACCCCCACCGCCGCAGCCACCGCCACCGACAUCGUCGCAUUCAACGCAUCCGCAUCCGCACAACUUCCUGACCAUCAAACAGGAGCCAACCGACUGGAGCAACAACCCACCCAAUGCAUCGAAUGCUAAUAACAAUAACCACGAGGAGGGUCCCAUGGGAUCGCCCAAGCAGCCGCUGGACUUCAAAAUGAGUGCCGUCAAGCUGGAGGUCAACCGGGACCGGGCCUCUCCCCCAGAGGACUCCGAGGAGCAUACGCUGCGAGACUACAACAAUUUCAAGCAGCUCCUGGUUUGCGAGAUUUGUCAAAAGUCCUUCGAGGACACAAAGACCCUGGUGCGGCACUUGGGCACACAUGCCGGAGAUAAUCCGCCAGGGGGUCCUACAACCGGAUCAGUCUCGAGCUCCAAUCUCCUAGCGCCGAGUGCCAGUGGAAGUACUCCUACGGCGGCCAGCAAUUCCAGCAAUCUUGCCCUGCGCGGAGCCCUAAAGACCUAUGUGCCAAAGAAGCGACGUCGGGUAUCGCAACAGGAGAACAACAUGGAUCAUGAUCACGUUACCCUGCUCUGCGACUUGUGCUCCACAUCCUUUGAAACUCCUGCGGAAUGGGUUCGCCAUAUGAACAAUCAGCACACCGAGAUCGAACUGGCCAUGUUCAACAGCAAAAAGGAUGGCGAGCAGAAGGGAUGUGUCUCCUAAAGAGUUUCCCGUAUGGUGUCCUGCCCCAAGCAGCAAAUCUUCUUCCACUUCCACAGUGUCCACCAGCCAAAUGCAGCCAAAAACAUAAGUCCAGCUCCACUCGAUCCCAGAUGCAAAUGCUUGAAUCACCAGAAACAAAUCCCAGGAGAGCCCAGGAGCUAUUGAAACAGCAGCAUCAAAACACUAUUUGUUCGAUAAAUUCAAGUCGUUCCAGUAAUCAAAGAAGGAAGAGGGAAUAUUUAUAAUGCAACAGCAAGAACCGUGAUCAAAAUGCAAGCAAGAUUUGCAUAUUUUAUAGAGCAACAAAAAAAGCAAACACCUACAAAUUAUAAAAAUCACAAAAAAUAAAAAUAUUAUCGAAACUUUAAACGAAAUUUAGAAUCAGAAUCGGCAGGCAACGAUCAAAAAAAUCAAGAAAACAAAUGAAAGCUAACAGUUUAAAAACGAAAACCACAAGAUUUAACUCAACUGUGUAGAUCUUUUUUUUAAAUAUAUGUAUUUACCUAGUUUUAGAUACUUAUUCCCCAGUAAAAACAUGUGUAUUUAAAGUAACAACGCGCAAUCCACAAAAGAAAUUGAAUCAUUUUAAAGGAAAUGAAAAAUUCCAGUGUUGUAUAACAGCGGACUAAGGGG